AUGAUCACACAACAUCUGACAAACAUCCUUCCCCCCCCUCCUUCCCUCUUCAGCCUUGGUCCUGAAUUGCAAAACUCCCCUGCAACCUCAGAGCCGGGGAGAACCUCCACCCUGUGCAGAAGCAAGUCAAAGAUGCCUUCUAGAACAGGACUACCUCUCUGGCUAAUAUGGAUGGGGCUUUUGAUAGCCCCCAGUGAGCAGACUCCAAGGUUGCUGAUGAUCUCCCCCAGUGUGGUGACAGUGGGAGCAGAGGUGGGGGUUGCGCUUCAGGUCGAGGGAGCGCCCUCUGGCAUCUCAGGGACGCUCUAUUUCCAGAACGAGAAUAAUCGCCGUCUGUGCUCUCAGGAGGUCCCGUUCAGUCUCCCAUCCGACGGCUCUGUGCAAAAAGUGACUGUCAAGGUGACUCAACAGCUCUUUGACGAAUGUGGGUUGACUCUCCAGCGACGGGAUCGCUACAUCCAGCUGGUUGCCCGCAGCCAAAUGCUUCCUUCCCCCAAUGGGAUUCAAACCCUCAAUCUCCGCUGGAGCACCCAAAGGGGGUACCUCUUUGUACAGACUGACAAACCCAUCUAUACUCCUCGGCAGAAAGUCAAUUUCCGGGUCUUCGCCCUGGAUCACAAAUUGCGCCCGACCACUGAACCUGUUCGAGUCAUUGUGCAGAACCCACGGGGUCUUCAGGUCCGGAAAGUCGAUCGCAAGUCCAACGAUUUCAUUAUAAAAGAUCACCUGUCCAUCCCUGAUAUUGCUGAGCCUGGCAUGUGGCGCAUCACGGCCCAGUUUAUCAACACGCUGAGUUCUAACAUGUCCACCGAGUUUGAGGUGAAAAAAUAUGUGCUCCCCCAUUUCGAGGUGGCGAUUGUCCCAGAACGGAAAUACAUUCUGGUUUCAGAAGAGCAGGACUCCAAACUGAAGAUCGACAUUCAGGCUAAAUUUUUCUAUGGGAAGGGUGUCACCGGCACAGCUUAUGUGAGGUUCGGUGUGAGUGAUGAUGAUGGUGGGAAAACAUAUAUCACAGGGCUGGAGCAACAUGUUAUGAUAACGGAUGGCCAGGGCUCAGUCGCCCUCCAACGCAGUCUUUUCGCAGAGAAGCUGGGGCGCCCUCUUCAGGACCUGGUUGGAACAUCACUCUACAUUGCCGCUACAGUCAUAGAAUCAGCAAGUGGCGAGCUGGAGGAACAAGAGCUUGCCUCAGUGAAAUUUGUGUUGUCUCCCUAUUCGGUGGACGUGUCCAAAACCAAGCACCAUUUUGUGCCCGGUGCCCCGUUUGAUGUGCUGGCUACGGUUUUACUCCCAGAUGGUACACCGGCUCCUCGCCUCCCCGUCCGCAUCUCAGCAACGACCUCUGGAGCCUCCACUCUUGGAGAGGCUGAAAUCCUGAGCAAUGAUCGUGGGAUUGUGACGCACAGAAUCAAUGUUCCUCCCACAACUACCUCCAUCACUGUCAGGCUGGCAGCAGGGACAGAUUUUCCAGCAGAAGCUACCUUGACGGCCAAGGCUAUGGACUCCCAAAGUGGCAACUACCUGAUCAUAGAAAGCCCACGUUAUCAAGACAUCAGCCCCGGAGAAACCCUCAUACUUGCGUUGAAACACGUUGGAUCGAGUGCCUUCUCCAAAUUCCACUACAUGGUAUUGAACAAAGGGGAUAUUGUCUAUGUGAAGAGUGUCCCUCGUGGCUCCUAUACUGCCGUCUCGGUUCCCAUCACAACCGCCCUUAUGCCCGCUUUCCGCUUUGUGGCCUUCUACCGCCUUGGAGAUGAGACUGUAGCAAACUCCAUCUGGGUGGAUGUUGUGGAUCAAUGUGAGGGGAAGCUGGAGCUCCGUGUAUCGGGGAACAAAGAUGAGAUGCGCCCUCAGGAUCGUGUGUCACUCACCAUAAGCACGGACGCAAAAUCGUUUGUGUCUCUUUCUGCCACGGACUCAGCAGUUUAUGCUCUCAACCGGAAGAAUCGCCUCACGCAGGGCAAGGUGUUCCAAGCCAUGGGAAGUUACGAUCUUGGCUGCACCGCAGGAAGUGGAGAAAACACAAUGGGGGUCUUUGCUGAUGCAGGGCUCUCCCUUCGCGUUGGCGUUCUGCAGAGUUCUCUUCGGAAGGCACACGCAUGUAGUGCAGAUGUUUCCCGGAAGAAGCGUUCACUGCAGUUCCGGGUGGAAGUGCUGAAGAAGCUUUCCAGGUACCCCAACCCUGAGGACCAAAAGUGCUGCCGGGGCGGGAUGGAGCUGCUUCGCCAUGCGCGCUCGUGUGAGGACCGCGCCAGGCGGAUCCAGGGUCCGAAUGCCGAACAGUGCCGGAAAGUCUUUCUCGACUGCUGCAAGCAUGCCGUCGGUCUGCGCCGCAAGUCAUGGGGAUCCCACAACCUUGGACGCACUCAAAACCUAGAGGAGGAGGAAGAUUUUUUUGAUGAUGAUGCCCUUCAAAUCCGGAGUGCCUUCCCUGAGAGCUGGCUUUGGAAAACACUACCUAUAGAAGGGUCCCACACAGAAGCUUUGAUUCUUCCCGAUUCCAUCACCACCUGGGAGAUACAGGCAGUUAGUGUGUCUCCGGAAAAAGGCAUCUGCAUCUCAGAGCCUCUUAAGAUCAGAGUGUUCCAGGAUUUCCACAUUUCUCUCCGGCUGCCCUACUCAGUCAAACGAUUUGAACAGAUGGAGCUGCGUCCCGUUCUUUACAACUACCAAGCUAACCCAGUCUCUGUCUUAGUCUAUCUGGAGCCAACAGAGGGCAUCUGUUCGCCAGCCAUGGUGGGCCCGGCACAGAAACAGCGGGUGGAGGUCCCUGGGAAGUCGGCCGUCCCUGUGCCUUUUGUUUUGGUCCCCAUGGGGACAAACGACUUGCCCAUCACGGUGGUUGCGAUGGGUUCCUGGGGCACCGGGGACAAAGUGUCCAAAAAGCUACGGGUUGAGAGAGAGGGGUCUGUUGAAGUGGAGGAAUACACGGUUUCCCUGGAUAGCAAAGAGGAGCAGCAAAGAUCUUUCGAGAUUUCCGGUGAGAUUCCUUCCAACGCCCUUCCUGAUGGAGACUUCAAAAUGAGUGUCCGGGUGACAGGAUCGGUACCUACUGACACCCUCCAGAGCUCUCUGGCCCCGGAGGGCCUGUGGUCUCUGCUGAGGGUUCCUCAGGGGUGCGGAGAGCAGACGAUGAUCUUGCUGGCUCCCGGGGUCUACGCCAUGCAAUACUUGGACAAGUCGGAGCAGUGGCUGCACCUGAAGCCAGAGAGCAAAGAAAAAGCACUGGAAAACCUCCGCACAGGCUAUGAGCGAAUUCUCACUUUCCGGAAGAACGAUGGGUCUUAUGGAGCUUGGCUCAACCAUCCCAGCAGUACGUGGCUGACAGCCUUUGUGGUAAAAGUUUUAUCGCUGAGCCGCGAGUACCAGUAUGUGGAUGGGGCUAAGAUCCGUGAAACAGUCCUGUGGCUGCUAAAACGUCAGGGUUCUGAUGGCUCUUUCACUGACCCCCAUCCUGUUUAUCACCGGGAGAUGCAGGGUGGCGUCGGUGGCCUUCACGGAGGAAUCUCGCUCACAGCCUUUGUCACCAUUGCACUUCACCAGGCCUUGCCCUUCUUCGAAGAAAAGGAGUCGGACCCAGAGCUGAAAAACCAGAUGUUGCAACAACUGAACCAAGUGAAACAAAGCCUGGAUCGGGCCACCACCUUCCUUGCCAGCUCGCUGAACGACCAAGCGCUGGGCCCUUACCCUGUGGCCAUCACCAGCUACGCCCUCUCGCUGGCUUCCAACGACCGGGCGGCCAUCGCGGCUGCUGACAUCCAUUUGAGGCAGCUGAUUUCGGAGGAUCAAAACAAAACGGUUGUGUUCUGGGCAGUGGAGGAAAAGGACCGACUGCAAGGGGAGGCCACGAACCGGGUACCAACCGCUUCAGCCAUUACAGUGGAGGCCACAGCCUACGGGCUUCUCUACUUAGUGAAUCAAAAGGACACAGCAACAGCUGACAAGGCGGCUCGUUGGCUGACAGAGCAGAGGAAUUAUGGAGGAGGCUUCCGAUCAACGCAGGAUACUGUGGUGGCGCUAGAAGCUUUGUCACAUUACUGGAUCAGUACCUUCAACAAGGAAGAGGAAAAUUUGGAGUUGACGCUCAAAGUCCCUGGAAGAAAUUUUCCGAUAAUUAUACCCAUAAGCAGCAGGUCAGACAAACCCGUCGAGGAGGAGCUGCAGUUUCCUAUGGGGACCGACAUUCAUGUAGAUGUGAAAGGGAAAGGCAGAGGGACCCUGACCGUGAGUAACUUCAUCCUUUUAAAGAAUUCAAACCAUAGGCUAGUGUUUUCCUUUUCUAUUUAUUGGAAUGUAUGGUGGCAGGAUGAGUUUUCUUCACCUCUCGUCUCACAACAACCUUGUGAUGUAGGCUGGGCUGAGAGAUGCUCCCUGGCCCAUCACACACACACCCCAAAGAUAGCUCUGCAGUUGAGCAAGGCCUUCCUGGUCCACAUCCCGAACAUCCAGUCCUCGGAGUUGUUGCUUACAUUGUUCCGAUGCCUUCAUGAUAUCAUCCUGGUGCUUUCUCCAAAUCCUGCCCACAAUUACGAGCUUUCUGAUUUGCUCUAUUUGUCAUUCCUCAGUCAGAAUCUGGCAAACCAUUUCAGCCCUCCUGCCCCUCAUUCCAAGGGUCCCUGUCAUUUUGUUUUGCUUCUUCUCUCCUUUCCAACAGCGGAGAUAUACGAAUACUACUAUGAAUAUGAGGAUGAAUCCGAAGCCCAGCCCGCCGACCAACCGUUGUCACCUAUUGGCUUGUUCGAUGCCCGGCGCCGGCGCCGAAGAGAAGCCAAAGACCCCGGGCACCCUCGACGAGACAUCACCUACAACGUCUGCUUCUGGAGGCAACGUGGGAGUCACAUCACAGGCAUGGUGAUCGUUGACAUCACUUUGCUCAGCGGCUUCCAACCCGACGAAGGUGACCUUAACCAGCUUCGAGAUGUCCCUGAGCGAUACAUCAGCCACUGGGAGAUUCAAGGACGACGACUGCUUCUCUACAUCGACUCGGUGCCAGAAUCGGAUCGUGAAUGCUUAGCAUUUAAAGCAAGACAGAUGGUGCCUGUGGGAAAGCUCCAGCCAGCUAGUGCAACCAUCUAUGACUUCUACGAACCAGGCCAGCGCUGCAGCAUCUUCUACGGUGCCCCCAACAAGCCCGAGUACGUGUCUGCUUUGUGUUCUGGGGACGUUUGCCAGUGUGCUGAAGGUGCUUGCCCCCGAUCGAAGCGGACUCUGGAUGAUGCCAUUACAGAAGACGCUCGGAUGUCGUUUGCUUGCUACAAACCCCGGGUGCAUUACGCGUUCCGGGUGCAAGUGGAGCGCGAGAGCCAGGAGAGCGCCUUCCGAGUCUACGAUGUGACCAUCCUGGAGCCCUUGCAGUUCACUUCAGACACGACCAUCUCCAUCAAGCAGAGCCGGCGCUUUGUGGUGCGUGCAGCGUGCCGGACGCGGCUGGCCGUGGGCGGCACAUAUUUACUGAUGGGACGUGAUGGGGAAACCCACGAUGCUGAAGGCCGCCUCCAGUACCUGCUGGAUAAAGACAGCUGGGUGGAAGAGCUGCCCCUACAGAAGCUCUGUGCCGCCACCAGGAACCGCAACACCUGCUCUCAGCUCCAGGAUUUCCUCCGUUCCUUUGCCGAAAGUGGCUGCCGGGUCUGACCCAGCAAACAGGACCAAGGAUGCUACGGAAAUCCAGCUUCUCCUUCCAGCCUUUCUUCUCUGCCAUUUGAUGCUUUGUGCUUGGAGAAGACACAUGUAAGAAGAGCUUUUGUGUAGAACUCGAAAAUUGUUUUUUUGUGAAAUUGGGUUUGGAAAGAAUCAAAGAGGCCACAUGGCAUCAGAAUUCAUAGAGCAGACGGAACUGUGGACCGAACAAGCAUCACUGCAAGCAAAUCCUAUUUUUAAAAGAAACGUGGAGGAGGAAGCAGAUUUGAUUUUUUUUUUUUACCUUUUUGUUGCCGGCACUAUUAAUUAUGCUCUGAAAUGUAUUUGCACUAUUUUAAACUGCUGGUUUGUUCAAUAAAUGGUAUUGCUAUCUCA